AUGGUGCUCCUGGACGAGCAGCAGAUCAAGUCGAUGGCGCCCGGCCGGUUCUUUCGAGACCACACGGGCCCCAUCAACUCGCUCGAUUUCCAUCACACCGAGGACGUGAUGGUCACCGUCGGCGACGACGACGCGCUGCACCUGUACCGCACGAACACCGGGCAGCUCCUGAAGACGCUCUACUCCAAAAAGUACGGCUGCUCGUGCGUCACCUUCACGCACGCGUCCCAGGCGGUCGUGUACGCGUCCAAGGUGAAGACCGCGUCGGCGCAGCCGCAGAAGGAUCACGCGCUGCGAUACCACUCGCUCCACGACAACACGUACCUGCGGUACUUCGUCGGGCACGCCGACCAGGUCGUCUCCGUCGCGAUGUCCGCGAAGACCGACCAGUUCCUCAGCGCGGCCAAGGAUCGCACCGUGCGCCUGUGGGACCUGCGCACGAACGUCUGCAACGGCGUGAUCCGAUGCGCGACGACGCCGUCGGUGGCGUGCGACGCGCAGGGGCUCAUCUUCGCCGCCGCGACGGACGACGGCGAGGUGAAGCUGUACGAUGCGCGAGGGUACGACCAGGGGCCGUUCACGACGUUUCGAGUGGGCGCGAAGGACAGGGUCACCGGGCACGCGCCGCGGGUCACGUGCGCGAAGUUCUCGCCGGACGGGGAGUUUCUGCUGUGCGUCGCCGGAGGGGUCAUGUACGUGCUCAACGCGUUCGAAGGCGACGAGACUAUGCGCAUCAACGUCGGCGCGGAGACGGGCGGGAUGGGGCAGGGGAAGGACGCCGCGGGGGCGUCCGGGAACAACCUCGAGGCGUGCUGGACCCCGGACGGGCAGUACGUGUUGUCCGGGGGCGCGGACAGCCGCGUGCACGUGUGGAGCGCGAAGACGGGGGGGAAGGUGGCGGUGUGGGGGUCGAGGCACGCGGGGAUCCCGAGCUCGAUUCGGUGGGCGCCGGGGAUGAUGCUCGCGGCGAGCGCGUGCACGGAGGGCGGGUGCGCGCUGUGGAUUCCGCAGAACAUGGGCGCGUGAGCGCGGCGUGUUUGCGUGCGUCGUGAUGCGUGUGAUAUCAUAAUGCGUGCUGCGGUAUCGAUCGCGAUCGCCGCCUCGCCGCCUCGCCGCGCUCGCGCGUCCCCGGCUGGCUAGACGACGUCUCAGGGACGCGCCGCCGCGUCGACCGUCGUCCCCCCCCCCCUCCUAAUCCUGUCCUUGAACGGCCCGUGCGCGCUCGUCUCGAUCCUGAACCGAUCGAUCUCGAGCCCCUUGUCGUACGCGCUGUACUGCCGCCACUCCAGCGACGUUCCGUCGCCGUCGACGGAGACGACGCCGUACGUGAAAUCCGCGCUGCGUCCGCUCUUCUUCUUCGGGCCCCACCCGCUCUGAAACGCGCACCACGCCGCGGCGUCGUCGUGCGUGCACCUUCCCCGGCUCGGCGGGUUCGGGAACUUCGCGCCGCUGUCCAUCUCGUCGUUCCCGCCGCUGCCGGUGGUGAUGUGCACCGUCGCGUGGGGGUUCACGUACCGCUCGAACGUGACGUUCUCUCCGCCCGCGACUUCGUCGCGAUACGCGGGGUAAUACCGCACGUAGUCGUGCUCGUGCCCGUUGAAGUGCAAGUCGACGCCGUGGUCGUAGAAGAGCUCCUCGAUCGGGAAUAUCGACCGCUGCGAUUCCGACGCCGACGCCGACGCCGACGCCUCUCCCAGGAAUUCCGUCGCCUCUCUCGCGCCGCACGCGCCGAGCGCUCCGUCUCUGUAUUCGUCCUCGCACCACGAAGGGAUGCCUCUUCGGACGGCUUCG